AUGAAGCAUGGUUCUGAUAUUCCAACAUGCGAGUAUCAAUCUGAACAUACCUUUGGAGGCAGGUUUAUAUCUUUGUCUUUUUGUCUUUGUUACACUGCAUUAGAAGAUGCACGUUGGCCGCUUAAUCAACCAAGUGCAGAUAUAAGAAUUGGUCAAACAUCUUUUCUAGGCCUCUCUCCGUGUAAUCCAAGCAAUGCUUUCCUUGGAGAAGACUUCUCAGUCACUGAUAAUGUUGCCGAGCAAGACUGUCAUUUCCGGGGUGAAUCUCGAGCGAUCAAUGCCUUGAACCGCCUGCAUGCAGAGUUGCGUCCGCGGUUUCCAAUGUAA